AUGGCAACACCAAUGAAGAAACGUCGAAAAACGUUAAAAAUAGCAUUCGAUGUAGGAGAGCAUUACUCAAAAGGUGGAAAUGAGCAUGAAAGUGCCAGCACGAAAGAAUCACCAUUAUGGAUGAAACAUUUAGAAAAUAUUAAGCAAAUGAGAAGUAAUAAGGAUGCACCGGUGGAUAGUAUGGGUUGUCAUAUGCUUGCUGAUGCACUUGCUGAGCCAAAGGUAUUUCGUUUUCAAACUCUGUUGUCGUUGAUGCUAUCAAGUCAAACAAAAGAUCAUAUAACUGCUGCUGCAAUGCAUCGAUUACGAGAACACGGAUGUACAGUUGAUGAUUUAGUCUUAAUUCCCACAGAAAAACUUCAGCAAUUACUCAUUCCGGUUGGUUUCUACAAGAAAAAAGCUGUAUACAUCAAAAAGGUAGCAGAAAUUUUGAAAGAGCGCUAUGAUGGCGAUAUACCGAAUACGGUUGAAGGGCUUUGUUCUCUCCCGGGUGUUGGCGAAAAGAUGGCUUAUCUUACGAUGUGCACCGCUUGGAACCAGUUGGAAGGACUUGGUGUCGACACACAUGUACAUCGCAUCAGCAACAGACUUGGAUGGAUCAAAACAUCAAACCCAAAAGAAUCUCGGAUGGCUUUGGAAGCGUUGGUUCCGCGUGAACAAUGGCAAGAACUAAAUAAAUUGCUAGUUGGCUUUGGUCAACAAACAUGUUUACCCGUUUUACCGAAAUGUUCGGAGUGCUUGAAUAAGAAUAUAUGUGCCGCGAUAGGAGUGAAGAAGAAACGCUGA